AUGCCCGAUCUUGGUCAUCAGAUUAAAGAUUUUAAAUAUUAUACUUGGCAUGUUACUGAUUGGAGAAAUUUAGAAAGGAAGUUAACAAGUCCUGAAUUCGAAGCCGGCAGUUGGAAAUGGCGACUUUUGCUUUUUCCCUUUGGAAAUUUUAAUUAUGAUGAAAAUUCUACGGAUAAUAUUGCGGUUUAUUUGGACUUUGUUGACACACAAGAAGCGUAUAAUGGUUGGCAUAUCUGUGUGCAAUUUGCUUUGUUGCUAUGGAAUCCAGAAGAACCAACGAAAUUCAUUAGUCAGCAUACGUAUCAUCUUUUUACUGCCGAUGAACUCGAUUGGGGUUUUGCAAAAUUUUAUGAUAGGAAUAAACUGUUUAUCACAUCUGAUGAGCGAACUCGUCCAUUAAUUGAAAAUGACUCCUGUAAUAUAACAGUCCUCGUCCGUAUUCUCGAGAAUCCGACAGAAUACAUGUACUUAAAUAAUCAAGGAAUAAAUACUUUCUUAAAUUCGGUGAUACAUUCUCUUUACCAUAUAAAAUAUUUUCGUAAGGCAGUAUAUCAAAUUCCUAUGAAAGAUUAUAACUCAGUUAGAAGCAUUUCAUCAGCUUUGCAAUGGACUUUUUAUCAAUUAAAUGUUUCAGAUGCUCCAGUUAAAACGACAGAGUUAAUAAAAUUUUUUGGAUGGAAUAAAUUUUUUAUAAAAGAUGUUAGAGAAUUUUUUAAAAUAUUGCGAGAUGAUCUUGAGGAUAAGUUGAAGCAUACAAAAGUAGAUGGUGCAAUUUCUAAACUCUUUGCUGGAACGAUAAAAACUUGGAUCAAAUGCGUUAACGUAAAUUGUGAAUCUUUACGCGCUGAAGAUUACUAUGAUAUUCAACUCGAUAUUAGAGGAUGUAAAACUCUAGAUGAUUCUUUCAUGAAAUAUAUACAAGAAGAAACUUUAGAAGAUGAUAAUAAAUAUGAUGCAGAAGGUUAUGGCUUACAAGUUGCCAAAAAAAGAGUAAUCUUUGAAAGUUUCCCACCUGUAUUGCAUUUGCAUUUAAACCGAUUUGAAUAUGAUGUGCAUAGUAAUAACACGGUUAAGUUAAAUAAUCGCUAUGAAAUUCCCAUUGAAAUUGAUUUACAAAAAUAUUUGUCACCGGAUGCAGACAAGUCGCAAUCAUAUAAAUAUUUGUUACAUGGUGUACUUGUUCGGGAUGAUGACAAUGAUUGUGAGGAAGAUCGCUAUUUUGCAUUUUUAAAACCUGAAAAAAGUAACAGAUGGAUAAAGUUUGAUGACCGAGUUACACCAGCAUCAAUUAACUACGGUUAUGAAGGCUUAUUGCAGUCUAAGAAUGCUUAUAUGUUAAUAUAUAUUCGUGAAUCCAAUAUUGAUGAGAUAUUGACUCCAAUUUCUUCUGAAGAUAUGCCAAUACAUCUACGAAGUCGCCUAGAUGACGAAAAUGCAGCAUAUAAACAAAUAAAUGAAAAUUUAAAAGAAAAUAAUCCAUAUUUACAAACUUGGAUUGUGACCGAAAAUAUAGUUAGGAAUCAUAAAGGAUUUGGUCUUGUUAAUUUUGAUAAUCAGAAAUAUCCAUUAUCUGAGAUUCCGCAAUUUAAAAUUUUGAAAGAAGAUACCUACGGUACUUUUAAAAAGAUGAUAGCUACGAAGUAUAAAAUUCCUACUGAUCGAAUAAGGUUCUGGACCAUUAUAAAUCGACAAAACAAAACUGUUAGGCUGCAUGAGCCUAUAAAUGACGAUUAUCUUGACAAAUCAAUGGACGAAAUCAAAAAGAAAAUGAAAAGAUGUAAUGAGUUAAGAUUGUAUAUGGAAAUAUUGGGAAACACAAUAAAUUUCAAGAAAGGAUGUUUACAAACUGGUGCGAUUAUUAUUUUUAUUAAAUAUUUUAAUCCUGAUUCAGAGUCUUUAGAGAACCUUGGUCAGUUAUAUGUUCAAAAAAAGGAAAUUACGCCACAUAUGAUUAAAAAAAUAGUACCAAAAUUUACAUUUAUCAAGUCUAAUAUACAAAACGGUGAUAUAAUAUGUUUCCAAAAAGCAUUAAAUAAUAAGGAGAUUGAAAAGUAUACAUUAGCAGGACGCAUAAAUAACAUUCCUCAAUUUUACGAACUAUUAUUGGAAAAUGUUAUCGUCAGAUUUAAAUCAAAGUUUGGAUAUCGAGAUCCAAUACCCGAAUUUGAUUUAGUUUUAAAUAAAAAUAUGCCAUAUGAAGUUGUGGCUAAUCAUGUUGCAACUUAUCUUAACGUUGAUUCUUCUAGAUUACGUUUCACAUUAAUAGAUUCAUCUGCAAACAAAGGGGAGAUAAACAGAACUACCAAUCAGACAUUAUCAGAAAUUCUUCAAUUUUCAGAAGAUCUAUAUUACGAA